CAUCAUUAAAUAAGUAGUCAAAAAGAAAUGAGACUUCACUCCACAUUUUAUGACUUUUUGAACCUAUUAACAUCGUACCAUAUUAUUCAAAAUACACAGGGCAAUGUUAUCACUUCUCAGGAUGCAGAUUGACUACAAAAACUUCAAUACAAUUACUAAUUUAUGUCUACUUAGUAAAUAUAUUCACAUUUGGAAAGAUUCUUAUCUACCUAUAUAUAGACCCACCACACCCAUCAAUAUUCAUCACCUAUCAAAGUUAAGUAAGCAAAAUAUCAUUCAAGGGGAAUAAUAAUCAUGAAACUCUUAGGAAAAAUGAUAUAUGUAGAAUGUUUUAUGAUAAUAAUGGCGACAUGGUUCGUGUCCAUGAGUUAUGGUCAUCGAGCGAUGAUGGUUAGUGAUGUAGCCGAAGCACCCGUGAUUGACGAUGUAGUAGGAAGCCCAACCAACGGACUCGACACUUCUUGGUAUGACGCACGAGCAACAUUUUACGGUGAUAUCCAUGGUGGAGAAACUCAACAGGGAGCUUGUGGAUAUGGUGAUCUAUUCAGACAAGGCUAUGGUCUAGCCACAGCGGCAUUGAGCACAGCACUCUUCAAUGAAGGGUACACAUGUGGGGCUUGUUACGAGAUCAUGUGUGCGAACAAUCCACAAUGGUGUUUGCCCGGAUCCAUUAAGAUCACUGCUACAAAUUUCUGUCCACCAAAUUACACCAAAACCGUCGGCGUUUGGUGCAACCCACCCCAAAAGCAUUUUGAUCUCUCCUUACCAAUGUUCCUCAAGAUCGCCCAGUACAAAGCUGGGGUUGUUCCAGUUAGAUACAGACGUGUUGCUUGUGCAAAAACUGGUGGUGUCAAGUUUGAAACCAAAGGAAACCCUUAUUUCUUAAUGAUAUUGCCAUACAAUGUAGGAGGAGCUGGAGAUAUUAAGUUCGUGCAAGUUAAAGGAAACAAAACCGGGUGGAUAACAAUGAAAAAGAAUUGGGGACAGAAUUGGACCACUGGUGUUAAGUUAACUGGUCAGGGUAUAUCGUUAAGGGUUACAACGAGUGAUGGGAUUACAAAAGAUUUUAUUAAUUUGAUGCCAAAAAAUUGGGGAUUUGGACAGACUUUUGAUGGAAAGAUUAAUUUUUAGGAGAAUGAUUUCAGUUUUGUUGGUCGCGUCUUACAUGUAAGAGAUGUAUUGGGUGCAAUGAUUAAAAAAUCUAUGAUAUUAUUUAUGUGUUACUUUAUUAAACAAUAUAUCGUUUCAAAUAUGGUUUCACUUUUUAUUAAAUCAGAAAAACUAAAAGCUGAAGAAAUCGAACAUAUUCCAAGCCAUAAACAGGACAUGUCUUUUAACUUUCAAGUUUCAUUUAGGGCUUCAGCAUCCGUGAGAUACGGUAAGAGUUUCUCAAAAAUAAACAAAUUCUAUAUUUAUAUUUUAAUUCUUUUAAUAAUUGAACCAAUGACAAAGUUGCAGCUAAGAUUUUGAGUCUCUCAUAAGGUUCUUCAAGUUUCUCAUUUGAGAACCCUUUUCUAACAUAUUUCAUACUUUUUUAUUAUUUUAUAUCUUUUAAUUAUGAGAUAUCCUCUUUAGAGAUUGUGGAUAGAAAUGGCCUUAAUUACUGAGUAAUUUUUUCUGAUAUUAUUGAAAACCUAAUUUUUCAAAUUUAACAACAAAUAAUCAAACGAAAUCUAGAGGCGGAAAAUUUAUCAAAUUAGUAUAAACAAAAAUAACAUAUAUAUCUUGUAAUAAAAUUAGUUCUAGACCAAAAAAGCUUAGUCAAUAGUCAACACUCAACCUAUUUUAUUCAAAAUACACAUAUGGGAAAGUUUUCUUUUUCUGGCUGCUUACAUAUGACAAUAUUAAAUUCUCAGGAUGCAUAUUGACUACAUAAACUUCAAUACAAUUACUAGUAUAGUAAG